AUGGUUAGUGCUGCCACCCCUCCGGCGCUGAUCACAACCGAAAGCCAGUCCGGCCUGGCUGAGUCCGUUGAGACGGCAGGCUUCAACGACGAAGUUGAUGUUGUUGAGAUCGUCGAAGAAGCAUCCGAUGGGCUACCCGGCGCCGAAGCCUGCGACGACGACGAUGCCGACAAAGACGGCGAGGACGACAAUGCCGACGGCGACAAGAGCGACCGCGGCAGCUUGACAGGUCGCCGCAGCCGCCGGAAGAAGCGCACCGAGAGCCCCGUCGAGCCCCCUCGGCCGCCAAUCAUCCCCAAAGUUCGCCGCACGAACUACGAGGGCUUCAAGAACUACUUCAGUGAGGAGGAGAGCGUCUACGCCAUCGAGGUGCUCGAGGCUGGCUACGACAUCAAGGACGAAGUGUCGCGCGAGUUGCUCAAGCGCGGCGGCCGGCAGUACCGCCAUGUGGCCACCAUCAGCAACCAGCCGCGCCUCGGCACCGUUACGGACGAGAUCUGGAUCCAGCGCGUGCGCAUCCAGUCAAGCUAUAUCCUGGCGCACCUGCGCCCCAUCAUGACCUCGUCCAUGAAGGCGGACAAGCCGCGCACCUUCUUCCGUCCCUUCUACGCCUUCAUCCACUACCAGCCCAAGGUCAAGGAAGCGCUGGAAGAGCUGCGUCAGACGGUGGCUGAGAGAAAGGCCAACCCAAAAUCGCCGACCGACGGGGGAGCCAAGGGAUCAGAAAAGGAAGACCAGGAGGCCGAUGUGAAAAACACGGGGCCUACCUACCGCCGUCCCCAUGGGAAGGGUCGCCGCCGCCAAACUUCGGCCGAACGCAGGAGACGGAGCAGGUCAGCGAGUGUCACCAGCAGCAGUGGCUCCGAGUCCGGCAGCGGCUCCGAGGCUGAUGACGCCGCAGAUGCCACCAUUCCAGAGGAGCUGUUCUACAGCGAAGAGGCCAUCGACCACUUGCAGUGCUACGUCGACUUUGUCGACAAGAACAUUAUGCAUCUUGCCGACUCGUACAAGGGCACGACCAAGCAGCGCAUCCGCUAUUCCGACCUGGCCUACCUCUUCCACCCAGGCGACGUCGUGUACUCGCCGACGCAGGCCGAGUUUGGCAGCUCCACCAACUACACUGCUGCCAAGCCUUCACCCGCCGUCUACCAGCCCAUCUGGAAGAUCCAGUACACGAACCCGCCCAGCAUCAGCGACUCCAAGUCGGAAGAAUACGACAAGAACCACCGCUUCUACAUUUCGUGCUUCUACAUUGACUUUGACGGCAAGAACUACGGACCCGUCAAGUACCGCUUCGAUGUGCAGCCCUACGAAGGUGAAUGGGACAUCAAGACACUGCCGGUAUACCCAAUCCGAUACCACAUCAGCUCAAGCAAAGGCACCAGCAACCAAGGCCCUGACCGUCUGCGGCCCGCCGGAAAAGACUUUCAGACCUACGUCGAGGCCCGUCAUCUCUACUACCGCGGGUGGACAUUGACUACGAGCCCCAAUGGCGACACUUUGACAGACAACGCCGGCGAACUCAUGAAGCACCCGGAACACAUUGACAGUAGUGUCAUUGUCGACUUUAAGGCUGCCCUGCAGGCCCUGCCCAGCUGGAAGCCCACCUUCAAAGACCCGUCGCGCAUGGACCAGGAGUGGACGACGUCCUUGGACGAUAAAAUAGCCAUCAUCCAGUGGUCUGAUUCAAAGCGCACCCGUGUUGUCCGCCGCACAACCGAGAUCACCCAGAUGCGUGACGGCGCCCACGCCAUCGAGACCAACGACUACGCCGACCAAGACCCGUUCCUCGUGGCAUACAUGGCGGGUAAUACUGACACGAGCUACGAGCUGUCAGAGGAGAACUUACAGCUGCUCCCCGGCCGUGUCAUGGCUUAUGUUCUGCGCGACCGCAAGUUUGUCCAGCUCGACGUGCAUUACCUGUCCAAGAUCGAGCAACAGUCCAACGUGUUUGAGAACCUCAAGAUCGCCCCCCAGCACAAGGAAAUGGUCAUGGCGCUUGUGGAUAGCCACUUCCGCAAAAAGGAGAGCAAAAGCCCGCGCCACUUUAGUCUUGGCCAAGACCUGAUCCAAGGCAAGGGCGAGGGCUUGGUGAUUCUGCUGCACGGCGUCCCCGGUGUCGGCAAGACCGCUACUGCAGAAGCCGUCGCCCAGUCCAACCAGCAGCCCCUUUUCGUGAUUACCUGCGGCGAUCUGGGUUUCACGCCCAAGGAGGUCGAGCGGUCUCUCGAAGAGAUUUUCCGGUUGGCCCACCUCUGGGACUGCAUUUUGUUGCUGGACGAGGCCGACAUCUUCUUGGCGGAGCGCACGCGCGACGAUCUCAAGCGCAACGCCCUCGUGUCUGUCUUUUUGCGGGUGCUUGAGUACUACAGCGGCAUUCUGUUUCUCACCACGAACCGUGUCGGCACCCUUGAUGAGGCCUUCAAGUCGCGCAUCCACAUGAGCCUCUACUACCCGCCCCUCGACCGCCAGCAGACGCUCCAAAUCUUUGAAAUGAACAUUGACCGCAUCGAGGAGAUUGACCGCAAGAGGCACGAGAGCCGCAAGCGGGACCAGUCGGCCCGCCGCAAGGAAAUCCCAAGCCGUUCCAGGUCCGUUGAAAAUGGUGGUGCUGGCAGUGACAACGACGACAAUGGCCGACACCGCGGACGUGAGGACAAAGACAAGGAAAAGGACACGCACAAAGACGAGCUUGCUCACCACCUCGUGGUCAACCGCGAGAAGGUUAUGGAGUUUGCCCGCAACCAUUUCGACCGAAACAUCUUGGGCCGCUGGAAUGGCCGACAGAUCCGCAAUGCUUUCCAGAUCGCGAGCUCCCUGGCGUUUUACGACAAGCGCCAGUCCUGGAUCCAGCGCCAAGGUGACCGCAGUGACAACAGCAAAAUCGUCCCGGAGCUUGGCGCCGCUGUCCUGAGUGAUGAGCAGUUCCUCAAGGUGGCGCGGGCCACGCUGCGGUUCGAAAAGUACAUGAUCGACGCCCGUGGUGGUGACGACAAGCAAGCGGCCCGCAUCGACCGCAUCCGUGCUGACGACCACGUCACUGCCGAAGAUCCUGACUUUUCAUCGUCUGCCUCACAGCGGGAGAGAGAGCGUGACCGUGACCGUGACCGCGACAAGCAGCUGCAGACCCGCCGCCUCGACGAUGACUUCCGCGGUAGCUCCUCUACCCGAUUUGGCGGCCCUUCCAGCCCGGCCCCACAGACGCCGCAGAGUGGCCGCCGCGGUGGGGUUGGCGACGACUAUGACCGACGUCGCCGAGGACCCGACGACCGCAGUUACGAUGUCGGCAGCCGGUAUGGCGGAGACCGAGAUCGCGACUACGACCAAGGCUACGACGGGGAUCGAGACUAUGACAGAAACCGCCGAGACCGCGACUAUAACCAGGGCGGCGGUGGAUUUGCUCGAGGUGGAGCGGGCCUGCAGGACUUCCGGCGUCGUAACGGCGGCGAAUACGACGGAGGCUUCUCGCCGCGGUCGAACGCCGGAUACGACCGCUACCUCGAGCGUGAUCGUGAGAGAGACCGGGACCCGUACGAUGACCGCGACCGUGACCGAGAACGAGAACGCGCUCGUGACCGGGAUCGAGACGACGCGUACUACCGAGACGGCCGUGCACCGCCUUCGUCUGCUCGCUCACGCGGUGGUGGUGGCGGCGACUUUGAUAAGCGUGUGCGCAGCCGCAACCGGACACCGACGCGGUCGGAGCGGGAUCGUCCAGGCUCCAGCUUCAACGACGGCACACCUACCCAGGCGGACGGCGGUUCAAGCGCCAACACCCGCGGCUCGGCACGGGACGUCAGUCCCGAUCGUGACCGCAUUACGGACGAUGAUUACGACAUGGCGACAAAACACCACGGCACUGGUGCCUCUUCGUACCAGAGUCCACCGCCGUCAACCGGAACACCGCGUGGUGGUAGCCGGGGUAAAUAA